AGAGCAGUUAGUAAUUGUUGGCUGUUUGUUUGGGGUAUCGAUUACAGAAUAGUAAUCCUUUAGUUCAUUCAAUGGGUUGACAUUGAGCCCAGGGUUUUCAUUUUAAGUGUGGUUAGUACGUUACGCAUUUAGCCUUUUGUGGUGGAGGGUGGGUACGGAAUGAGGAGUGGAUCAAUUGGUUGACUAAGUAAUAAACGCAGUGUGGAAUUCAAUUAGAAUUAACAGCCAACUACCGACUAGAAUAGAACUUGUAGUAUUUUAUGGGCAGAUACUUUAUGGGAUUUUAGUAGUUCAACAAGUUGUCGAGUUUAACGUGGAGUGGUGGAGUCAAGAUGAUGAUGACGGCUAUUUGUUAUUGUGACCAAUUAAAUAUUCCGAUUUAAAGUAUUUGACAGCCAGCUGGAUAGUAAUAAAUGAGGACAAGUCGAUAUUAUAAGAAUGUGGAUAGAGGUUGUUAGAUUUGAUAUUAAAAAAUUCGACCAGAAUCAAAACCCUUGUACAAUUAUCCACCGUCCCUUCUUUCAUAAUUAACGUCUACAUAAAAUUAACAAAAGCACGAUGAGUCUCGAAGACCAAACCACCCUUGAAAAUAGCCAAAAAACGGACCAUAGCCGUGUCCAACAAGAAGAACAUGGACACGGUCACGCCACAACCACCAGCAGUACAAGUAGCAGUGAUAACACGGUCACCUCAAUUUCUGUGGAACAAGGAGAAUCGACAUACCGUAUUACUAGCCCCCAAGAAUCCCCCCUCCGUCCAGUCACCUCGCACUCUCCGCUGACCAGCACGCCGCUCCUUCUCACCAACACUACUAGUAGCAAUUUUAAGACGCAAUCAUCAUCUUCUUCACACGAAGCAGAAAAUUCGAAAAUAGUUUCUCAAAAUAAUCAUUACAAUUCUUCGACGGACGAAAGAUCUUCCUCCUCCGCCAUAAAUACGGUUGAAGUCCUCCCCUCGUCAACGUCAACAACGCAGAUCCAUCACCAGAGUCAGAAUAGUGUCCAAGAAUCUACAAAAAUAGCAUCGACGUCGUCAUCAUCGUCCAACAAUGUCGACCAUAGCGCAAUCACAAUAAUUCAAGUCCAGUCCAACAAUUCUCAAAGGAUCCAAGAUUCUACCAGCACACAAGAGACCACCGUCGUCAAGAGGACUUCUUCUCACAUGCAAGAGACCGACUUGGACAUUGACGUUGACGGGCUGGCCAUCACCCGAAUCAGAGUGACUGGCGAAAAGUCUCCCUCUCCAGAAAACGAUGUGGUCAAAGUGACAGUGCUAAAUGGUUCUAGUAGUCACGCUAUUAUUGACGACGGUGAUGGACAAAUUACUCCAACUAAUGGCGAGGAUGCUGACGAUGGGAGAUGUUCCAUCAGAUUUGAUAACAAUCUCGGCGUCGGAGUGGGCGGCCUGGUGGGUUCGCAACCGUCCGAUUUAAAUGAUACCGUGAGUGAAAUGAGCAGUGUGGUCAAUAACCCGUCAGUCAUCUCGCAACUUCCCGACCGGUACGGAUUCAUGGGUGGAGAGCAGUUUACACAUGAAAGUGAACCGGAUCCAUCCCCCGAAAUAGUCAGACGUCGUGAAAUGAAAUGGCUUCACAUGAUUGACAAAUGGGAUCACUUUAUGCGUAAGGAUUUCAAAACGGUUCGAAGUCGGUGUCGCAAGGGGAUUCCUCGCUCAGUUCGUGGUCGUGCGUGGUACUAUCUCUGUGGGGCUGCAUUCGUCAAGAAAAAGGACCCCGACCUUUUCUUCAAGUUGUUGCAACAAGAGGGUAGAACCAGCGAUAUUGAGGACAUUAAGAAAGAUCUUCACCGACAGUUUCCGUGGCAUGAGAUUUUUGCAGAGGAGGGACAUGGGAAAAAAGAUCUCUUCAAUGUUCUCAAGGCACAUUCAAUUCUCAACUCGCAGGACGGCUAUUGUCAAGCUCAAGCUCCCAUCGCAUCCAUUUUACUUAUGCACAUGCCGGCAGAAGACGCUUUCUGGUGCUUGGUCGCCAUCUGCGACAAAUAUCUCAAGGGAUACUACUCCCAUGAGAUGGAGCAGUUAAAAUUGGACGGAGAUAUUUUAUUCGGUCUCUUGAAACGUAUAGCUCCCCCUGUUUACAAGCACAUGAAAAAACAAAAGAUCGACCCCGUUCUCUACAUGACGGAAUGGUUUCUCUGCGCCUUCACACGAACGCUCCCAUGGUCCUCCGUGCUCCGCGUGUGGGAUUCGUUUUUAUGUGAAGGGGUCAAAGUAUUGUUUCGCGUUGGUCUUAUCCUUCUAAAAUAUACGCUGGGACGCCCCGGCAUUCUCAAACAGUGUCCCUCCAUGUACGAGACGUUGUCAAUGCUAAAGAAUCUACCAAAUUAUGUGACCCAUGAGCAGUUCCUCGUUGCACAGAUUCAACGAAUGGAUGUAUCUGACGACCAAAUGAGACGAGAACACUAUAAACAAAGCAAGAAGAGAAAGAAGGCCGCAGCGAAAUUGGAAGAAGCAAAGAGACAACAGGAAAGAAAUGCUGCAAAUUCUCGUCGUCCAGGCCAAAAUAAUCCUGGAGGAACAUACAGAAGCCACGAGACAUCAUUGUAGCUUAAUAGUGAUUAAACUAUGAUUUAAUACCAACCUGUAUUUAAACAAACAGCAAUUACUGGAAUAUUAUUAUCAAUUACGGCUUACGAUACCAAAUAAUGCUGAAUGAUGAAUCGACAAAACUCAAACUCCUGUUCUUUCGAUUUUUACUGGAAAAUUAAUUAAUUUAAGACAAGUAUAAUUUAUUACUAUUAGCGUUUGUAUGGGGUUUACUUAAAAUACUCCAAGAUUUUUGCACAUUUUCUCUAAACCUUGUUCCGAGCUGACUGGUGCUUUUUUGUGAAAAUGUACAAAAUAAUUGUAAAAGUAACUACAUAAAUUCUGCAAGUGUGCUUUUGCUACUAGGAAUAUUUAGGACUAAUUAAUGCCAGAAAAUGAAAAGAGACUGUACAAUACUAUUCCUAAAAUGUUCUAAAACUGUUUUUAUACUUUACUCUUUAAUAACUUGCGUCAAUGUUGUAGCUUAACUAUGGCGCAAGUUAUUUAAUGAUUCAAAUAGUAUUUAAACUCUGCUUAUUGUUAAUUCUUCCCAAACCUUAAAUAUCUUUAAUCAUUCUCUUUCAACAGAACAUUCCGACUCUUCAAAUUUUCUUCAAUCUUUUAACAUUAAAAAACUAACUAUUUAAUUACAAAAUCAAUGCAACAAUAUUUAACACAGCAUUUAAUUCAUUUCUAAAAUAUUUAUUGUUUUUAAUUAACUAUUAUUAUCUAAUAUAUGUAAACUUCAUUCCGACUGAUUACAUACUCUCGUUCAAUCCAUAUUUAAGCUUCUCAACUCUAUUUCUACGUAUGUACUUUCCAUACAAAAAUACCGUAAAAAUCGCAAACUUUGUAAAUACAGCCAGCAUUUUUUAACAAUUUAACAACUUUGAACCAAUAAAUUGUUAAAGUUAUUCCAGUUAAGGAUGACAUAAUGCUCAA